ACUCAAGAACAAAAACUCUCUUAAAGAGUAGAAUAUGAGUAAACUAAUUUAGAUCAAGAACACACUCAAUUCCUCAAGAAAUGGCUCUAAAAAGCUAUGUAAAAAGUUUAUGGAAUGAUGCAAUCACUCCAAGACUUCAACUCGAAGGAAUAUGCCCUUCCUUCGUACAACCAAGGGAACAAACCUCCCUUAAAGUGUUCACAACACUUAACCACUCAAGAACAAAAACUCUCUUAAAGAGUAGAAUAUGAGUAAACUAAUUUAGAUCAAGAACACACUCAAUUCCUCAAGAAAUGGCUCUAAAAAGCUAUGUAAAAAGUUUAUGGAAUGAUGCAAUGUAAAGCUAUGAAAUGUAGUUAUAUAUCUUCAAAACAACCAUGAUGCACUCUAUAAGGAAACUCAUCAACACUCCACAAGGUCCGGCCCCUACAGUACCUGUGCAGAACACAAAUUUGCAGGACCAGGAAUUUGAAAAGGAACUUUUUAUUGAUCCUGUUGGUGUUCCCGAUGGUGAUCUUAUUAUUGAUCCCAUAGAUGUUGUUCCUAUUCCCGUUGCUGAUAUUGUUGUUGAUGUUUCUGGUGACGAUCAACCACCCCACACAGUCCAAGAAAAAUAUUUAAGUGAUGGUGUCAUCUUUUAUGGAUGCACGAAAACAUUUGGGACGUCAGAAAGUGACGUUGUCCUUUAUGAUUCUGAGGAUGUUGCACAUGAUUGCAUAAUAUUCCUACUCUUGGUUGCCCGGAACUAUUUACUUGACACUGGGAAUGUUUUAGGCGUGACUCGUUCUUUUGGUGCUCCAAAGAUCAAGAUCCCGCAACCUGGACUCACGAACCCUCUAUCAUCAAAGAGGAUGAACUUCGAGAAGUGGCUGAAUGUCUGGGCAGAGGCUUCCGGGUCCACCAUCUCAAUGCUGUCGAGGGCCCAAGGUAACUCCACUGCCUUGGCUAUUCGCAAGCCGGCUGCUGCCCUAGAGGCUGUCCACAUCUCUGCUAUUCCUAGGCUGUGGAAGCCCACUCCGUCCCAGAAACGGCCACGGGAAGGGGUCACUGAUGAUGACUUUCUUCCCAAGAAGAGUAGGGGUGAUGGUACUUCUUCUUCGCCCAGCCCCUUGACUCCUUCUUCUGGUACCCAUAAUACCACUCCGAUCGCUGCAUCCGGAGGUUUGGAGUUACCCAACCCGGAUAGCUUGGAUGAUGAGGCAGAUGAACUUCCUGACCAAGCACCACUCAAAAGACCGGCGGUGCAACCUCAUCCUAAGGUGAACAAUACCUCCCCACCAACUGCAACUUCUCCCCAAGGGGUAAAGGAAGGAGUUGAGAGACAGAAGGAACCGGAGGCUUCCCCUGCAAUAGAGAAGGAGGUUGGAGUGCAGAAAGAACUGGAAGCUUCAUCUACGAUGGACAGAGAAGUUGAAGGGCAGAAGGAUACAGAAACUUCCCAGAGACGGAGAGAGAGACUGAGAAACAACCACAGCCGGAGGGACAGUGUUCCACUGCAACACCUCCAGCCUUCAAUGACCUGGAGGUACAGUUCGAUGGACUCCGGGCACAAAUCUCCAACCUGGAGUCUAAGGUCUCAGCCUUGGAAGACAAAGGGGGGGAGUCUGAAAGCUGAACUGGUUGAAAGGGAAUCCCGGAUCUCUGGGCUGGAGAUUUCACUCCAUAAUGCCAAGCAAGAGGGUGCCCAUUUUAGCGAUCUUGUGGUGAAACAGAUGGGGGCGAAACGGCUCGCCCUCCAGAAGUUGGAGAAGGAGAAACAGACUACUAGAGAGCUCCAGUCAAGAGUGGGAGAGCCUGAGAAGACCAUAUCUUCUCAUCAAGAGGAGAUGGCUGCCAUGACUGCCCGUGCUGAGGCCCUUUACGAAGAAGGGAAAGUCGUCUUUAUUGAUCUAACUAUCUCCGAUUCUUCUUCUGAUUCUUCUUCCUUGGCGUUUCCCUCACUUGAGGCCCUGACACCUGAACUCUCUUCCGGGCCUUCCAUUGCCUCUGAACAAUCGGUGACUUCUCCCUUGCCCAGGGAGGAGAACCAUCCUCAUCUCCCCCAACAAGUAUCAGGGGGUGUUCAUCCAAAUUCUGGCGUGCUUCCUAACGGUGCCAGGACAGGAGUUUCUUCUGGCUGUCCAGAUGACAAUUUCCCUACCUCUCCGGCUCAAUCCAACGACAUGGCUGGGUUGAGUCCUGGCGAGUUCUCAAGACUUUAUCUAGCACCUCGUCUUCCUGCGACAUCACCUCCCAGUCCACCCAGGCUUCCAUCCGGGAGGAUAGAUUGGGACUGUAUGACCCUCCAAGACUUCGCCUUGUACCAGAGGAUGCGUAGGGCUAAACUCGGGCGUUCUUUUCUGAUUGUCGAGGCACAACCUUCACGUGAAAGCCGGACAGCCUCUCCAAACUUGCUGAAGUCUCCCAAUGAUGGUUCUUCAUUGGGAGCACCAGCUCCUCGUCCUGGGACGUGGGAAGACUAUGACAUAGAGGAAGCCGCUGAUUCCGUCGCGUGCCCCUCGUCGAAGAGAAGGAGCCCAUGGAGGGGGCCCCACCUCCUUCUUGUUUAAUGUUUGGAUGCAAUUGGCCCUCCUUUAGUGCCUAGCCCCCUGCAAAUCAAUUUUCCUUUUCUUG